GGUGACGCGCUUCCUCCACGAGGGUGUUGUCUCUCCGCGAGGCCGGCGCGGGGCUCGCUGUAGCGGCCGCGGCGCGGGUGCGCUCGGCGCCUCCUUCCCCGCGCUUCUCCUGCGGCUGCCCCGGCCCGCCCGGCCCUCCGGGGGCCGCCGCCGCGCCCUGCUCUGCCUCGCCCGGCCGGCCCCGCUCCCGCUCAGCCAUGGCCGCCUACAAGCCCGUGGUGGUUCAGGCGUGCCCCAAGCUGGGGGAGAGGAUCACGCAGGACACGGUGUACUGGCGCGGCUACAAGACACCUGUUCAGAUAAAGGAAUUUGGUGCAAUAAAUAAAAUUGACUUUUCCCCAGUUUCUCCGUAUAACUAUGCUGUCACAGCCUCCUCAAGGAUCCACAUUUAUGGUCGUUACUCUCAGGAGCCGAUCAAAACGUUUUCUCGCUUCAGAGAUGCAGCUUAUUGUGCCACAUACAGAGAUGAUGGCAAUCUGCUUGUUGCUGGCAGCGAGGAGGGUAGCAUUCGCCUCUUUGACAUCAGUGGAAGAGCACCGCUGAGACAAUUUGAUGGUCACUCUAAACCUGUUCAUGUAGUGGGCUUCCUGUCUGAUAAAUACCGAAUAUUUUCUGGUGGCGAUGAUUAUUCAUCAAAUUUGUGGGAUAUUCCAAGCGCUACAGAAAUCGUUUCAUACAGUGAACAUACUGACUAUGUGAGAUGUGGCUGUGCAAGUAAAGUGAAUGCAGAUGUCUUUAUAACAGGUUCCUAUGAUCACACGGUGAAACUAUUUGAUGCACGAACAAAAAGUAGUGUCAUGACAAUAGAACAUGGCCAGCCUGUGGAGAGUGUGCUUCUGUUCCCUUCUGGUGGGCUUCUAGUAUCUGCAGGAGGUCGCUAUGUCAAAGUUUGGGAUGUACUAAAAGGUGGACAAUUACUAGUUUCACUUAAAAAUCACCACAAAACUGUAACUUGUUUAUGCCUGAACAGCUCUGGACAAAGGUUAUUGUCAGGAUCCCUGGACAGGCAUGUGAAGAUUUACAGUACUACUUCCUACAAAGUAGUCCACAGCUUUAACUAUGCAACAUCCAUCCUUAGUCUUGCAUUGUCGCCUGAAGAUGAAACCGUAGUUGUAGGCAUGACCAAUGGGGUACUAAAUGUUAAACACAGAAAACCUGAAGAAAAAAAAGAGAAUUCUCAGAAGAGACAACCAGCAUAUAGAACCCAUGUGAAAGGAAGAACUUACGUGCCAAAGCAGGAAGAUUUCUGUGUCAGUAAACCUGCAAAACGUGUUUUGAGGAAAUAUGACAAGCUGCUGAAGAGCUUUCAGUCUUCCAAGGCCCUUGAUGCGGUACUUGAGCCACCCAUCAGGCUUUAUACUCCUGAAGUUACGGUAGCAGUCAUGCAGGAACUCCAUCGCAGAGGAACACUGAGGAGUGCGCUUGCAGGCCGAGACGAGAAGCAAGUUAAUCUCCUUCUUACCUUUGUGGCAAGGCGUGUGAUUGAGCCUAGAUUUACUUCUGUGCUGGUGACUGUUGCAGAUAUCAUCACUGACAUUUAUCAGCCUGUGGUUGGGCAGUCGGCGAUUGUUGAUAGACAAUUCUUGAGACUUCAGGAAGCCAUAGGAAAAGAGAUUGACUAUCAAGAAGAACUACUAGAAGUUUUAGGAAUGAUGGAUACACUGUUUGCUACUUUUACUAAGAAAAGAGCUACUUAUCUAGAAGAGAACAAAACUAAUGGUCUUGGAGAGACCAUCAAAACAAAUAUGAAUAACUGACUGACAACCAUCACAACGAAUUGCCACAAAAAUAAUGUGGACUUGAAAUACAUAAUGCAUUCUGGUAACUUUUUAUAAUAAUGACUUUUAAAAUAAGCCCCUCUAUGCUGAAGUUCUGUCUUCCAAACUGUGUUUCUGAAUAGGCUGAAUUACUGAUGACAGAGAAAGAAGGACAUGUUCAAGAUUUUCCAUGCAAUGUUUUUCAAAUAAUUGAAUUACAAAGUUCUAUUCCAAACUUACAUAACUUCCAAAGAAUGUUUUAUGCAUUCAAUACUAAGUCAUUUGAUUCAGAGAAACAGUAAACAAUUUUCAGUUUUCAUUUACCAGAAAAUAAUUGAGCCUUGUCCAGUUUUGAUGUGUCACUGUCCUUAUUUAAGGUUAAUAUCCCAUGUUACAUACUUGGACACAGGAAUAAAACCACAUAUGCAUUUGACAAA